GAAAUUAUUACUUGACUAAUGUUAUUAUUAUACAUCGGAAGUACAUUUUCCUCGCAUAUCCAUAGACCAUCGUUCAAAAUACCUUACAACAUGGACUACUUUCAACUUCUCCUCGGCAUUGCUGUAAUACUUCUCGCGAUCUAUUAUUACUAUACCUCGGUUUAUGACACCUGGAAGAAUCGUGGCGUACCCGGGCCAAAACCGUCAAUGUUUUUUGGCAAUUUUGUGGAUAUUCUCCUUAAAAGACGGGCCGUAGCCACAAUUGUGAAAGAUUUGUACAACGAGUACAAAAGUGAACCGGUCUUUGGUAUAUACGAAGGAACAUCACCGAUUCUUGUUAUUAACGACCUAGACUUGAUCAAGGAUGUUCUCAUCAGAGACUUCUCUUUAUUCGUGGACAGAGGAUUCAAAGUACUUGAAAAGAUAGAGCCAUUGUCGCAGCAUCUCUUCCUUUUGGAAGCCAAGAGGUGGCGACCACUGAGAGCAAAGCUAUCACCAAUAUUCACCUCUGGUAAGCUGAAAGAGAUGUUCCCACUUAUAGUAGAGUGCGCGGGAAAUUUAGAAAAAUAUCUAGAUAAGGUAGUAGAAAAGAGUGUGCCAAUAGUAGAGUGUCGUGAUUUGGCUGCAAAAUUCACGACCGACGUGAUCGGGAGCUGUGCAUUCGGGAUCAGCACGAAUGCUCUUGAAGAUGAGAACAGCGAAUUCCGAAGAAUGGGCAAACAAAUUUUCGCUCCCAAUUUAAAACAGACUAUUCGAGAAUCUUGCAGACGACUUGCACCAUUUCUGUUUAAAAUAGUUGGUUACUUUUUACGGACGACGGAGGUAAACAACUUUUUCAUAAAUCUAGUUCGUGACACGAUGGAAUAUAGGAAGACGAAUAAUAUAACAAGACCAGAUUUUAUUUAUCUGCUGAUGCAACUGAAAGAACAUCCGGAAAAGAUGGAAAAUGUUGAACUAACCGACUCCUUAAUUGCCGCGCAAGCGUUUGUCUUUUUCAUUGCUGGAUUUGAAACGUCUUCGUCGACGAUAGCGCAUGCUCUCUAUGAAUUAGCACAAAAUCAGGAAAUGCAAGAUAAAUUACGGCAAGAAAUUAGAGAUGCGUACAACAAAGAUGGUGGAACUCUGACGUACGAAGGUAUCAAAGGAAUGAAAUAUUUGGACAAAGUGUUUAAAGAGACACUAAGGAAGUAUCCAAUACUGACGGUAUUAACCAGACAAGCAAUGGAGAAUUAUACGUUUAAAGGCACAAAAAUCACCAUACCAAAAGAAACAAUAGUAUGGAUACCAAUAUAUGGUAUCCAACACGAUCCGAAUAUUUAUUCGGAUCCUGAGAAAUUUGAUCCGGAAAGAUUUAACGAGGAUGCUGUUGCUGCCAGGCAUCCUAUGAGCUAUCUAUCUUUUGGAGAUGGCCCGCGAAACUGCAUUGGUGCUCGAUUCGCCCAUUAUCAAAGCAAGGUCGGUCUUGCAACGAUUCUGCACAAUCACAAAGUCGAUGUUUGCGAGAAAACCAAGAUUCCAUACGAAGCAGACAAAGAGGCCUUUUUGUUAUCGCUCAGCGGCGGGGUAAAUUUAAAGAUAACCAAAGCAAUAUUAACUGCUUAUAGAUUGGUAUUAAAUCUUUAUCAGUCGGCAUCGAUGUUCCUGAACUUCUUUUUUCGUAGCUUAUCUCUGCUGCAAGAUAUCUGCCAUAAUCAAUUUAAAAUCUCGUUCGACAUGGAUUAUUUUCAACUACUGUGUGGCAUUUCCGUACUACUUCUUGCGAUCUAUUACCAUUACUCUUCGUACUACAACUUCUGGAAAAGUCGCAAUAUACCUGGACCAAAACCAAUAAUCUUCAUUGGUAACUUUCUGGGCGUCCUUCUUAAAAGGGAAUCGAUGGCCGAUUGGAUGAAGAGGUUGUACGACCAAUAUAAGAAUGAACCAGCUUUUGGAAUAUACAUAGGAACAUCACCAUUUCUGAUGCCCAACAAUCUAGAUAUGAUUAAAGAUAUUCUCAUCAAGGACUUCUCUUUAUUCGCUGAUCGAGGAUUUAAAUUAUUCGAUGAAAAAAUAGAACCAAUAAAUCAAAAUCUCAUCAUGUUAGAAGCUGAAAGAUGGAGGCCGUUGAGAGCUAAACUUUCGCCGGUAUUCACAUCCGGCAAGCUCAAAGAAAUGUUCCCACUUAUAGUAGAAUGCGCGGGAAAAUUGGAGAAAUACUUGGAAGAAAUAGCACAGAAGGAUGAACCAGUGGAGUGCCGUGAGUUGACUGCAAAAUUCGGGAUCGAUUCGAUCGGUAGCUGUGUUUUUGGACUAAACAUGAAUGCUCUCGAGGAUAAGAACUCUGAAUUUCUUCGAAUGAGCAAGAAAAUUUUUGCACCUAACGCGAAACAGAUAAUUCGCGAUUUUUGUAGAGAAUUUAUACCAUCCUUGUAUAAAAUAAUUGGUUCUUACCUCCAACCAAAGGAAGUCAAUGAUUUUUUUCUAAAUUUAUUUAUCGAUACGGUGAAGUACAGGAUGGAUAAUAACAUAAUCAGACCAGAUUUUGUGCACUUGCUGAUGGAACUGAAGAAACACCCGGAUAAAGUUAACAAUAUUGAACUCACAAAUUCAUUGCUUGCUUCGCAAACUUUCGCUUUUUUCGUCGGUGGAUUCGAAACAUCUUCUUCGACGAUGUCGCAUGCUCUUUACGAGUUAGCACAAAAUCUCGAAAUACAAGAUAAACUAAGAGAAGAAAUUAGAAACGUCUACGACCAAAAUAAUGGAGUUUUGACAUACGCAGAUAUCAAAAGAAUGAAAUAUUUGGACAAAGUACUUAAAGAAACACUAAGAAAGUACCCGCCAUUACCUAUGCUAAACAGGCAAGCGAUGGAAAAUUAUACGUUUAAAGACACGAACAUUUCCAUACCAAAAGGAACAGAUAUAUGUAUAUCAAUAUAUGCCAUUCAGAAUGAUUCAAAUGUAUAUCCGGAUCCUGAGAAAUUCGACCCUGAAAGAUUUAACGAAGAUGCUGUCGCCGCUAGGCAUCCUAUGAGUUAUCUGUCUUUUGGCGAUGGACCAAGAAACUGCAUUGGUGCCCGUUUCGCGCAAUAUCAAAGCAAGGUUGGACUUGCAACGAUUCUCCGUAACCACAGAGUCGAUGUCUGCGAGAAAACCAAGAUUCCUUUUGAAAAUGACAUUCAUGCCUUUAUAUCGACGCUGAAAGGAGGAGUGUAUUUGAAAAUAUCUAAGGCAUAAAACAAAUAAUUAUUCUUAUAAUAAUUAUUAUACUAAAAAGAAUUUUAAGACACAGAAACAAGACGUUAAUAAAAUAAAUAUGACAAAAAUUUGAUACAUUUUGUUGCGGUAUUUGAAAGUGAUCGGCACAGACGACUAAUCGAGAUCGAUUAAAAAUUUAGAUGGCUAACCAAAACCCUAAUCGGUACAUCUCUACUACUUGAACUUUAUGGAGUCUUUAACUUUGACCAAUUGGUUGCAUUGCUGGCAUUCUCUCAUUUUCAGCUCUCUUAGUACAUUCCUUCUUGGAAAGGAUGCGACGAUUGCAAUGUGGAAUUUCCGUCAGAACUGAGAAAAUCUAACUACUUUCACCUUGAUAUUGACAUACUCUUCAGAGCUUUUAUGAAUGAACACUGGAUGUACAGAAUUUUCAAUGAAAGAAUUAAUAUAUAUUCGUACUUCUUAUUAUACUAAUCGUUUGUCAUUUGUUACCAUUGAAUAAAGUAAAUUGAGAAAAAUCAGA